CUUAAAUAUGGGGAUGCAUUAUCGCUAACCAUACGUCUACAGCACACAAUGCCUUUCCAUAAGGGAGACAAAAGUGGUCAUUUCGAUGCCAGCCAAAACACAUUUAAUCUGCAAGAUCCGGGUUUUGGACCAAGUGAAGGUGUUUACAAUAAUCGCAUGGAUCCUCGAUAUGGCAAUAUGAAUCCAAACUAUUAUGGUGGUGUGCCUGGAGGAAAUGGAAGGUAUGGACAAGGUUUCUAUAAUCAACAACCUGGCUCUCAAGGCUGGAAUAUGGGAAGACGACAUUUUAAUGGCUCAGAUUCGGAUGACUCUGACAUUGACAAACGCAAUUACAGAGGUUUAGGGCCGGGUUGCAAUCGGGGACGACAUGGUUCACACUCAAAUCGGCGUGGUCAUUCUAGUGAUCGUGGUUCAAGCUCAGAUGAAGGAAGGCGUAACAGACAAUGGCGCUAGAGAAAUUUUGUUGGUGUUCAUCUGGUCCGUAUUCUUCUGAACAUUUGUCACUAAUGAUGCAGACAAGUGUGAACACAUGCUUGACCGGGAAAACGUUGAAAUCCUAGUUCGAGGCAACAUAUAAAAUGUCGAAAAGGUUUUUGAAAGCUCUACAUCCUGGCCGGUCAGUAAACAUAUUAAAAUAGACUUAAAUUAUCAAUUAGUUAGAAACAUCAUAAGCAGUUAUAUUGAGAAUAAGAGAGGAGAGGGUCAAAAGAGACGGAAAUCAAUAUAAAUAUGCAGAUAAUCACAGGACUAUUGUUAACAAAAACCAAUCAAACUUAAUGUUGACAACUUGAAAAUAGAGGAACUCUAUUAGCUUACUUUUAUC